CAUGCCGCCCCCCCGGCCGCCGGAACGGCCCCUCCGUCGCCGGCGCAGCCCUCCUCUGCCGCCGCCGGCGGGGGCAGCGGAAGCAACGCGGCGCCUCUAGGAUCCUCUGUGAUUCCGAUAGUGAACAAGCUGCAGGACAUAUUUGCGCAGUUGGGAAGCCAUUCGACGAUCGAGCUUCCUCAGGUCGCCGUUGUUGGAAGCCAGAGUAGUGGCAAGUCCAGCGUCCUCGAAGCCCUUGUUGGCCGCGAUUUUCUCCCGCGUGGGAACGAUAUCUGCACUCGCCGUCCCCUCGUUCUCCAGCUCCUUCAGACGAAGGGACACGCCGAUGGUGGAUCCGAGGAGGAAUGGGGAGAGUUCCUUCACUUGCCCGGCAAACGUUUCUUUGAUUUCUACGAGAUUCGCCGGGAGAUUCAGGCCGAGACAAAUAGGUUAGCAGGAGAGAACAAAGGUGUAUCAGACAAACAGAUCCGUUUGAAGAUAUUUUCCCCAAAUGUAUUGGAUAUCACUCUUGUGGAUCUGCCUGGUAUUACCAAGGUUCCUGUCGGUGACCAGCCAACCGACAUUGAAGCGCGUAUACGAACCAUGAUCAUGUCUUACAUCAAGCAACCUAGCUGUCUGAUACUUGCCCUUACACCAGCCAAUUCGGAUUUAGCAAACUCAGAUGCCUUGCAAAUUGCAGGAAUGGCAGACCCUGAUGGUCAUAGAACAAUUGGUAUAAUCACAAAGUUGGAUAUUAUGGACAGAGGUACUGAUGCUCGGAACCUCCUGCUUGGAAAAGUUAUCCCUCUUCGACUUGGAUACAUUGGAGUCGUAAAUCGUAGUCAGGAGGAUAUUUUACUAAACCGCAGCAUCAAGGAUGCACUCAUUGCAGAGGAAAAAUUCUUCCGGAGUCGUCCAGUGUACAAUGGUCUAGCUGAUCGUCUGGGUAUUCCUCAGUUGGCAAAAAAGUUAAACCAGAUCCUAGUCCAACACAUCAAGGCCUUACUUCCUGAUUUAAAGUCUCGUAUAAGCAAUGCGUUGGUUGCCACAGCAAAGGAGCAUCAAAGCUAUGGGGAAAUAACAGAAUCAAAGGCUGGUCAGGGAGCUCUGCUUCUCAACAUUCUUUCAAAAUAUUGUGAAGCAUUUUGCUCUAUGCUGGAAGGGAAAAGUGAAGAAAUGUCAACGACUGAGCUUUCUGGGGGAGCAAGAAUUCACUACAUCUUCCAGUCAAUAUUUGUUAAGAGUUUGGAGGAGGUUGAUCCAUGUGAAGACUUGACAGAUGAUGAUAUUCGGACAGCGAUCCAGAACGCAACUGGCCCUAGAUCCGCGUUGUUUAUUCCAGAUGUACCAUUUGAAGUUCUUAUCCGGAGGCAAAUAUCUCGUUUGUUAGAUCCCAGCCUUCAGUGCGCCAGGUUUAUUUUUGAUGAGCUAGUAAAGAUUAGCCAUCGGUGUAUGAUGAAUGAGCUACAACGCUUUCCUGUUAUGAGAAAGCGCAUGGAUGAAGUUAUCGGGAACUUUCUGCGGGAAGGGCUUGAGCCAUCAGAAACAAUGAUUGGUCAUAUUAUUGAAAUGGAGAUGGAUUACAUAAAUACUUCACACCCGAAUUUUAUUGGGGGAACAAAGGCUGUGGAGGCUGCAAUGCAACAGGUGAAGUCUUCUAGGAUUCCGCAUCCCGUGGCACGGACAAAAGAUGCUGUGGAGCCUGAUAAAAUAGGUUCUUCUGCGAGUCAGAUGAAAUCUCGAUCUUUUCUCGGUCGGCAACCUAAUGGAAUUAUUCCUGAUCAGGGUGUUGUAUCUGCAGCAGAGACUGAAAAAGUUGUGCCAGCUGCAAACACGAGCAGUUCGAGUUGGGGCAUCUCGUCAAUUUUCCGAGGUGGUGAUGGCCGGGCAGUAGCUAAGGAGGACUUCUCAAGCAAACCAUUCAGUGAAGCUGUUCAGGAAGUGGACCAGAACUUAUCAAUGAUCUUUCUAAAGGAGCCCCCGACUGUCUUGAGGCCACCUGAAACCCAUUCAGAACAGGAGGCAGUCGAAAUUGCAAUAACAAAGCUAUUAUUGAGAUCAUACUAUGACAUUGUAAGGAAGAAUAUUGAGGACUCCAUACCGAAAGCAAUCAUGCAUUUCCUGGUUAAUCAUACAAAACGUGAGUUGCACAAUGUAUUCAUCAAGAAGCUUUACAGGGAGAACUUGUUUGAAGAGAUGUUGCAAGAGCCUGAUGAGGUUGCAAUGAAGAGGAAACGCACACGAGACACGCUCCGUGUUCUUCAGCAGGCUUACAGGACAUUAGACGAGCUUCCUUUGGAAGCUGAAUCAGUUGAGAGAGGAUACAAUCUCGGACCGGAUGCAACAGGACUACCAAAAGUUCACGGCUUGCCUUCGUCCUCGAUAUAUUCAACGAGCAGUGGUUCUCUCGAUUCCUUCUCAUCUCCCAAACCCACGAGAUCCCGGAAAUCAGGAGAGCAACACCAGAAUCUGUUUGGAAACAUGGAUUCGAACGGGCAUGGACGAUCUCACGUGUCAAGUCUUUAUCCUUCUCACGAUCUGUAAGAGAUCAAUUUCUGUUUCCGCAUUCCAUUCAUUUGAUGGCUGUCUUCUAAAUUUUCCAUCGGGAAAAAGCCUUUUGAUGUUGUGGGGGAGAAGUUCUCGUGACAUGUCGGAUUUGAGAUAUUCUCUAAUAAACUGGUUAGAGGAAAAAGCCUUCUGAUGUUUUGGUCUCUCCAUUGAUUUUGGUCCUUUCUUGCCAAGAAUACUUACAAGGGUACAGGUUGAUGGUUCGAUUAUAUUUGUCUCAAUUCAUAUAUGUGUGUGUGUGUGUGUGUUGUGUUUGCAAUUAAGUUUGAAUUUCAUGGCUGUUGAAAGGUUUGGUUGUCUUUUUGUGCA